AUGGCGAAUUUGAAGAAGUGGCUUCCCGGCGUCUCUCUGCCCCUCAUUCUCAAUGCUCCUAUGCACGGCGCAGCUAAUGGUACCCUCGCGGCAGAGGUGACAAAAGCAGGAGGAUUGGGCUUCAUUCCGGGCGGAAUUGUUCUCUCCAAAGACUCCGACGACUUGAAAGACCUCGAACUCCAGCUCACAACGGCACGUCGUCUUCUGGCUCUCGAUGAGUCAUUGGAGAAGCCUAUACCGGUAGGCGUCGGCUUUGUCACGUUCCACCCCUCCGUAGCUCAGUUCGAAGAGUCGGCAUUGCCUAUAAUCCGUAAGCACAAGCCCGUGGUCAUAUGGCUCUUUGCUCCGGAGCCGAACUCAACCACGCACAAGCACUUGAUCAGUCUUCUGCACAGUGCAGGUAGCUCCUGGAACCUCAAGGUCCUGGUCCAAGUCGGGUCUGUUGCAGCUGCCCGGGAUGCGAUCGAGAGUGGCGCCGAUGGCGUCGUUGCACAGGGCGUAGGUAAAGAUGUGGCUUUGAUCGCGGCUGGGGGCAUUGCGGACGGUAGCGGCGUGUCAGCUGCGUUGUCUCUGGGAGCCGAAGCAGCCGUCAUGGGCACUAAAUUCUUGGUUGCCGAUGAAGCUGGAACCUCCAGGGAAAUGAGACAAGUUGUCCUAAGUGCCACCGACGGCGGAGCCAGUACUGUCAAGUCAUACCUGCACGAUGAUGUUCGAGAAAAUAGCAUUUGGCCGAAACUGUAUGAUGGACGGGCGGUAUUAGGGCCAUCGAUUAUUGACGAAAGAGCUGGAAUUUCGCUAUCUGAAAACAUCACGAAGCUGAAAGACGCACAAGCAUCAGGGGAUAAGUCCAGAAACGUUUUCUGGUCUGGAACCGGAGUUGGCUUGGCGAACAAGCUUCAACCCGCUGGAGAUAUUGUCCGAGAGACUCGACUUCAGGCGAUUGAACGGAUCAAAGAGUUGAGUGUCUUCGUAGAAGACACUUUGACACGCUAA